AUGUACAGCGGUGAAGGAGAAGACGUCCCGUUCUGUGAGACUCUCUAUCCAACAGGCAACGUGGAGGACUGGCUGCUGGAGGUGGAGAGGGUCAUGAGAGACAGUCUCAAGGCCAUCAUUGAAGAGGCACUGGAGGACUACCCUCAGGUCCCCCGUACGGAGUGGGUGUUGAAGUGGCCAGGUCAGGUGGUGAUUGCAGGCUGCCAGACCUUCUGGACUGCUGAAGUCUCCUCCACUCUUCAGGAUGGUCACCUCCCUGAUCUCUACCAGAACCUGCUCUCACAGUUGGCAGAUCUGGUGAGUCUUGUGAGAGGGAAGCUGACCAAACUGGGGAGAAUGGUCCUCUCAGCUCUCAUUGUGAUUGAGGUCCAUGCCAGAGAUGUGGUGGCCAAAGAUGGUGGACGAGGAGGUGAAGAACGUGAAUGACUUUGAGUGGAUCUCACAACUACGCUACUACUGGGAGAAUGAGCUGCUGAUGAGAGCAGUAAAUGCGGAGUUCACCUAUGGCUACGAGUACCUGGGAAACACAGGGAGACUGGUCAUCACCCCUCUCACUGACAGAUGCUACCUAACUCUAACUGGAGCCCUCCAUCUCAAGUUUGGAGGAGCCCCAGCUGGACCGGCUGGCACCGGCAAGACUGAGACCACUAAAGACUUAGCUAAGGCCAUGGCAAUCCAAUGUGUCGUCUUCAACUGUUCAGACCAGCUUGAUUUCAUGGCCAUGGGCAAGUUCUUCAAGGGACUGGCAAGUGCUGGAGCCUGGGCAUGUUUUGAUGAGUUCAAUCGCAUUGACAUUGAGGUGUUGUCAGUGGUAGCACAGCAGAUCACUACUAUUCAACUGGCGCAACAACAGAGGGCCACGAGAUUCAUGUUUGAAGGGAUGGAGAUUGCUCUGCGAGCCUCCUGUGCGGUGUUCAUCACCAUGAACCCAGGCUACGCCGGACGAACCGAACUUCCAGAUAAUCUCAAAGCUCUAUUUCGACCAGUAGCCAUGAUGGUUCCGGACUACGCCAUGAUUGCAGAGAUCAUGCUGUUCUCUUUCGGAUUCUCUGAUGCAAAGUUUCUCUCUAAGAAGAUUGUCACUACCUUCAAGCUUUCCUCAGAGCAACUGAGUUCGCAGGAUCACUAUGAUUUCGGCAUGCGAGCAGUGAAAACUGUCAUCUCGGCUGCUGGAAACAUAAAGAGAGAGCAUCCAACACUGAAUGAGGAGCUGAUUGUGCUGAGAGCUAUUCGAGAUGCCAACGUGCCAAAGUUCCUGCAAGAAGACUUGAAACUCUUCAAUGGAAUUGUCUCAGAUCUCUUCCCCAAAAUCAAAGAGGAGCCAAUUGAUUACGGGGACCUUGAGACGAGCAUUAGAGAGUGCACCAUCAGUAAAGGCCUUGAAGACGUCCAGGGGUUCAUCAACAAGUGCAUCCAACUCUACGAGACGACGGUUGUCCGCCACGGGCUCAUGUUGGUGGGACCCACAAUCUCUGGGAAGACAAAGUGCUACGAGGUUCUCAAAGAUGCUCUCUCGGCUCUCAAGGGAAAGACAACGCCCGGCGGAGUGCCUUUUGAGACUGUUCGUACAUACGUGCUCAACCCAAAGGCCAUCACUAUGGGACAGCUGUAUGGAGAAUUUGAUCCUCUCACUCACGAAUGGACUGAUGGUAUAAUAGCCUGUCUCAUCAGACAGGGUGUGGCAAACGACACUCCCGACAAGAAGUGGUUCAUGUUCGACGGGCCGGUUGACACCCUGUGGAUCGAGAGCAUGAACACUGUGCUGGACGACAACAAGAAACUCUGCCUCAGCAGUGGAGAAAUCAUCAAAAUGUCUGAGGUGAUGACUAUAAUGUUUGAGGUCCAGGACUUGGCAGUGGCGUCGCCAGCCACUGUCAGUAGAUGUGGAAUGGUUUACUUAGAGCCUAGCAUCCUUGGACUCACUCCGUUUGUACGCUGCUGGCUCAAAUCCAUCCCCGAUGCAAUCAAACCUCACAGAGAACGACUUGAAACACUCUUUGCCAACUACUUGGAGCCUUCCAUAAAGGUGGUCAGAAGCUCUCUCAAGGAAAUUGUUCCGACAACAAAUGGAAACCUCACCUUUUCCCUCACAAAGAUCCUUGACUGCUUCUUCAGGCCAUUCAUACCCAAGGAGGGAGAGAGCAUUCCGAGUGAAAAACUGAAGGCUCUGGGAAACCUCGUCGACCCCUGGUUCCUGUUUGCUUUGGUCUGGAGUGUCGGUGCCAGCUGUGAUGGCCUGUCGAGGAAGAAAUUUGAUCGCUACCUCAGGGACAAGAUUGCCGAAGACAAGGUGUCUCUUCCAUUUCCAAGUGAGGGGCUAGUAUAUGAUUAUCGUCUGGACGAUGGGGGCAUAAGUCGUAUGGGGAAGUCGGAUGAUGAGGAAGAAGAUGUCAAAAAGUCAUUCAAGGUGAAGUGGCAGGGGUGGCUGGAGGGACAGAAGGAGUUCACAAUAGACCCUCAUCUCAGAUUCUCUGACAUCAUUGUCCCCACAAUGGACACUAUCAGGUCUAACUUCAUGGUUGACCUUCUAGCCACCAACUCAAAACCUGUGUUGUGUGUGGGGCCAACAGGCACAGGCAAGACUCUCACGACGGCAGACAAGCUGCUGAAGGGCAUGCCUAGUGAAUUUGUGACUCAUCUCAUCGCGUUCUCGGCAAGAACAUCGGCCAAUCAGACUCAGGAUAUUAUUGACUCUAAGCUAGACAAAAGACGAAAGGGAGUGUUUGGUCCUCCACUGGGCAAGAAGUUCAUCAUGUUCAUUGAUGACAUGAACAUGCCGGCACUGGAGGUGUUUGGAGCCCAGCCUCCCAUUGAACUGCUCAGACAGUGGAUGGACCAUAGGGGCUGGUAUGACCGCAAGUCAGUUGGUGCCUUCCGUAAGCUGGUUGACAUUAUGUUUGUGGGAGCCAUGGGUCCACCGGGAGGUGGCAGAAACCCCAUCACCCCACGGUUCUCCCGCCACUUCAACCACAUCUCAUUCACCGAACUGGAGGACUCGUCGAAGUUCACCAUCUUCUCCACCAUCGUUGCCUCCUGGCUGGGCUCCUUUCAGAAUGCUGAAACUCUGAUUCCUCAGCUGGUCCACUCCACUACUGCCAUAUACAACACCAUCACUACUGAGCUGCUGCCGACUCCGGCCAAGUCUCACUAUACAUUCAACCUCAGAGAUCUCUCGAAGGUGUUUCAGGGCAUGCUCAUGGUCCCUGUCAACAAGAUCAGGGACCUUAGUGCUCUGCUGAGGGUUUGGUUCCACGAGUGUUGCCGCAUCUUCCAAGACCGUCUCGUGAACGCCGAGGACAGACUCUGGUUUGACCAGA